UCGGGUUAGCACGCUCGGGAAUCGAAAAAGCUGCUCGCCAAAAAUCAAAUAAAGCAAGUCGCGAAAAGUUAAAAGUAACAAUCGAAAAAGUUUAAGGCAAAAACAUUCCGCUUUUUUGCACAAAAGUUUCGUUUGAUAUCAAUUAGUUUCGCGUUUAAGGAUAUUAAGGAUAUACACCAAAAAUAAAAAAUGUUGAAAUUUAUACUACCCGCAUUUGUUCUGAUUGCAUCAUGCCUUGGCAGUCCGGUGAGCCAAAAUCGUCGAUUCCCCAACGACUUUCGCUGGGGCGUCGCCUCAUCAUCUUAUCAAAUCGAGGGGGGCUGGAAUGCGGAUGAUAAGGGGGAGUCCAUUUGGGACUUUCUCACCCACAAUCAUCCCGAGAAAAUAGUGGACCGAUCAAAUGGUGAUAUUUCCUCGGACAGCUAUCAUCAGUGGAAACGCGAUGUGCAGAUGGUGAAGGAGCUGCAUGCGGGAACGUACCGCUUCUCCUUGUCUUGGCCACGAAUUAUGCCCGGUGGCUACAUGAACCACGUGAGCACCGCGGGCAUCAAGUACUACUCCAAUUUGAUCGACGAGCUGCUCCGCUACAACAUCACUCCCAUGGUGACCAUCUACCACUGGGACAUGCCACAAAGGUUGCAGGAGCUGGGUGGCUGGACCAAUCCGGAGAUCAUUCCGGUUUUCAAGGACUUCGCACGAUUGGUUAUUGAAAUGUUCGGAGAUCGGGUGAAGACUUGGAUCACCAUCAAUGAGCCGUGGCAUGUGUGUGAACAUGGUUAUGGAGUGGAUUACAUGGCACCUUCUUAUAAUUAUCCUGGCAUUCCCGCUUAUCUCUGUGGCCACAAUAUUCUGAAGGCCCACGCCGAAGUGGUGCACAUGUACCGCGAACUCUUCCAGCAGCGUCAAGGUGGCCGCAUUGGCAUCACCAUCGAUUCAUCCUGGGCGGAACCCAAGGAUGCUAACUCUGCUGAGGAUCGCGAGGCAUCUGAGAGGGCUCUCCAGUUUUAUGUGGGUUGGUUUGCCCAUCCGAUCUUCUCCAAGCACGGAAAUUACCCCAAAGUGAUGAUUGAGCGGAUCAGGAACCUCAGCAAGGAGCAGGGAUUUGGUGUGCGUUCCAGGUUGCCCGAAUUUACGCAGGAGGAGAUCCGUCGCAUCCGCGGCACCUCCGACUUUUUUGGUCUCAACACCUACACCAGCAACCUGGUCACCUCGAAUGGACACAACAACACCGGCAACUUCCCUGUUCCGUCCUUCAAUCACGACAUGGGAGUGGUCGAGAGCAAGGACCCCGAAUGGCCAGGUUCCGGAUCCGAAUGGCUUAAGGUCUUUCCCAAGGGAAUGUACAAUCUGUUGAUGUGGAUACACCGCGAAUACAAUGCGCCCGAGAUUAUCAUCACGGAGAAUGGAGUCAGUGAUCGCGGUGGACUGGAUGACUAUGCUCGCGUGGAUUACUACAAUCUGUAUCUGUCGGCGGUUCUGGAUGCCAUCGAAGAUGGUGCAAAUGUCAGAGGUUAUACCGCCUGGAGUCUGAUGGACAGCUACGAGUGGAAGGUCGGCUACACGGAGAAGUUCGGACUCUACCACGUGGACUUCAAUUCGCCGGAAAGAACGCGAACCCCAAAGGUUUCGGCGCGAGUUUUUGCCCAGAUCUGCAAGACGAACACCAUCGACUGGAGCUACCGACCAACGCUCGAUGAGGAGCAGCAACUGGUGGCCAUGGCUCAGCUGCCGGAGGAGGAUCAGGUGGCCAGGACGAGUGGAGCCAGUGGCAUCAUGAGUUGGAGCCUCACUGGCCUCCUCAUUGUGGCCCUCUUCAGAUGAGCUGAAGAUGAGAUGAACGAGUCGAAAUGCCUUGCCAUACUCAACUUGUCAACUUGUCGUGAUGCCAAGUAUUGUUUGCUACUCGUAACCCUAAGUUUGUCUAACCAGCGAUCUAAUAAAUUAUGUAUAGAUGUUCUAAUUUGUACUUAAGCUAAAAGACUCGAAACUGAAUAAAACGUUUUUGUGAUAUUAUAAA